UUUUUAAAAUUAAAUACCGAAUGAAUGAGGCGGAUUGCAGGCCAACGCGAGCUGCUUUACUGUGUUUUUAAAUGCCAGUUGCUUAAUUUCACAGAGCAUCCGAAGCGUGUAUCCAACAUGAGUUUUAUCAUCACAGGUUCAAAUACUACUCUGUACCAUUUUAUUUAUUACUAUCAUAUUUUGAGUUAAUUUACAUAAUCAUAUUCAUUUUACUCUUUUUUUCUGCCUGUCAACUAAAAUGUCCAUAGAUUUUUGCCCAGUUUUUAAUUUAAUAAAUUAUAUUAUUUGUCUCUUUUCCAUGAGGCUAGAAAAUGCAUGCUGAUUAACUCAUACUUUGUUUUAUUAAUGGCGGUUUUAGUUCCAUCUGGUCUACUUUCCAUCCUGUGAAAAUGUGUGACGACAAAACAUUGUCGUAUUUUCAUGAAUGCAAGUUGGAAGACAAGUGUUGAAAACAUUGGCAAAGACAGAUAAACUUUGUACAGAAUUGCCGAGAUCUAGCAUAAAACUCUUUUUCACCAUCUCAGUUGUCUACAAAAUUAACAAUUUUCCCUGUUUUUCCCUCUUCUGCCCUGAUGUGUAGGCUCAAAUGCGUAAAGCCCAACCAUCAGGGCAACAUACACCUCUUCUCAAAGAGAGGCCUGGUGCUGAGACUCAUUCCGGAGCCUUCUCCACAAGGUCAACACCAUCAUCAUCAUCAGAGGAGUCUGUGUCAUCCGCCCAGAGUGGAGAUGACCACAAACCAGCAUUCAGUGAAGGGAGGGGGUCCCGGUCGUCCAACAGCAGUGGAUCAGAAAAGGACCACAUUGAUUUGCAUGAAGCUAAGGCCCUCAAGGCAAAAUGUAAAUCAAAACAAAAAGGUAUGAAAUCGAAAGGAACAGAGAAGUUAAAUGAUGGCCAAAAAAGGAACUACCACCAAUCUUCGUGGAUGUGACUGCCUCAGAAAAUACGCACAAGAGAGCAAGGCCAAAAACCCAGAACUGUUGAGGUCAACAAAAUUAAGGAAGCAUGUUGCUACCUUAUGUCAGCUUCUCGACCUGAAUAAUCAGGAACUCGAGCAAGUUGCUCGUUUUAUGGGACACGACAUUAGAGUCCAUUGUGAGUUUUAUCGGCAGACCGAUAAAACUUUCCAAGUGGCCAAGAUUGCCAAACUACUGUUUGCGAUGGAACGUGGGACAGAGUCGCUGAAGGGAAAGAGUCUGCAAACCCUGGACUCUGUUAUCACUGGAAGAGCACAUGCAGCCACCUCAACCAAAGGUCUGAAAGGUGGCAAAAAGAGAAGACCAGAUCCAGGGAGACGACAGGAAGCUCAAGAUGAAUGAGAAGUGCCACAUUCAGCUGUAGCAACGAGAUCUGAUGAUGAAGAUGAUGGAGGCGGUAACAGUACCAACUUGGACACUGAAAACACAGGCACCUACAAAAGGCCACCGAAGAUGCAGUCAAUUAAAGAAAGAAAUUAUGCUGAUGACGCUGAUGACGACAUGAGUGAUGUUUCUGGCAGUGAAUAUGGCGAUGGAGGGGUGUGCCAUAAGACAGUUAAGAAGACUGUCAAGAAAAAAAAGACAAUGUUGGGAAGACAUGGAUUGGUCUAUGACGCAUCUUUCACACAUGGCCCAGAACAACCAUCAACAUCAGGGAGCGCCACCAAACGAAAGAGGAUUGCAACACUUACACAUGACGACGAUGAUGUUGAAGACAGCGAUGAAGAGGACAAAAAGACUGGACACAGAUCUCUUGGGAAGAAGAAGACAGCAGUUCGAAAAGAACAUAGUGAAGUUGAAUUGGAAACUAAAAAAAGGAAGAGACCCGGACUCCAAAGGAAAGAGCAGCAAUUGAUCGACACCUUUCAAAAUUUGUAGCAUUAAAGAAAGUUCCAAGGAAAGAUGACUGCGUUAAGUGUCGUAGUCAAGCAUCGCCAGACCUUGAAGACCGCACAUGGAGAGAUAUUCCACAAUGAAAUUAUUAAAAGAUAUGUAAUUGGGAAAAAAGCUUGAAGAUGAAAGAUAGAGAGAGGGAGAGACAUAGGGGGAGAUAAAUGAAGGGAGAAUGGGAUGAGAGAGAGGGGAGAAAAGGAAUAGAGUUUGAAAGCACAGUUAUUUGGUAGGGUAUAUGUGGGUUCAUGUGUCAGGUUGUGGCGCAGCAAGUUUUUUUAGUGUGCGUUUUGAAGGUUGAAGUUUUUCAGGUGUUCUUGUAAGUUUUGAAUAAGAGUACUUUUGUUUGUCAAAAAUAAAUCUAAGUCAAGUCAGCUUUUAUUGUCAAAUAUGCUCUCUGUGUAAUGUACAGCACAGAUUAAAAUACUUUCCUCUCAGCCACAGUGCAAACAUGUGGCGUAUUGAACACACAAAUAUCAGAACUAAAUAAAACUAAAUAAAUGACAGUACCCUGUUAAUGGUGAUAAACUGUUUAAAAAUAAUAUAUGAUUAUAAAUUUACAUCAUUAAAUGUUUAGUAAGGUGAACGGCACCUAAUCUACUUCAAAAUCAUUAAGAACGCAUGGCCAGUGCCCGGUCCUCACUUAUCUAGUUAAAAACUUUUUCUUAACCUUUGGUGUUUUAUUUAAUCUAAAGGAAUGUAUUGCCUAAGGGCGCCCUCCUGUGUCUAGAAAUGUGUCUUUUUCAUUUCUUUUUCAAGCAGAAAGGGUGGUCCUCGCUUUGUAGGCCUUUUUACUCGGUCCUCACUGUGCAGCAAGUGCAGGAAUGUGUGUGUGUGUGUGUGUGUGUGUGUGUGUGUGUGUGUGUGUGUGUGUGUGUGUGUGCGUUUGUAUUCAUGACAUCUCAGGACAAUUUUAUGAUAACACACCUUCACAAUGAGGACCUGUGGAAAAAUGAGGACAUUUUUCGCGUCCUCAUAUUUCCACGCAGUCUACACUACUCUAGAGCUCACGAGGAUACUCCCACACCAAAAAUAAGUGAUGUCCUGAAAGAGCACAAUUUUCAGAAAUUGUGUGUUUAAGUGUGUUUAACUUUCGACUCACUUUUCAUUUGGAAAACUAGUGGCCAACUUCGGUACUUAACACACUUUUAACACACUUUCAGUGACGUCAUUGUGCAGGACCUCAAAUGUCAUCUUUUUCGGACUGACUCACACAUUUUCCCCGCCCUCGUCCUGAUAAGUCACAUCAAUUAGCAGUGACACAAAAUCCAACAUGUGAAGCAGCCAGACAAUCCUACUCUCAAACACGACCACGCAUGGAUGACCAUCGGAUGUUUACUGGUGGUGAUAAUCUCACAAAGAAGAACCAGACUGAGCCCUGAAUCUGAGGCUGCUCCUUUUAUCUGGAGUCAACAAGCCUUGUUUGAAAGCCCAGUGGAUCAAUGAUUAUAAAGACACCAAGUGAAAGGUACCUGAUUGAACCCUCUGGAGACCAAGAAUGGAGUGAGAGAUCCACUUCAUCCUUACAACAGACAUCAAGUGACAGGUACCUGACUGAACCCUCUGGAAACCAAGAAUGGAGUGAGAGAUCCACUUCAUCCUUACAACAGACAUCAAGUGACAGGUACCUGACUGAACCCUCUGGAAACCAAGAAUGGAGUGAGAGAUCCACUUCAUCCUUACAACAGACACCAAGUGAAAGGUACCUGACUGAACCCUCUGGAGACCAAGAAUGGAGUGAGAGAUCCACUUCAUCCUUACAACAGACAUCAAGUGACAGGUACCUGACUGAACCCUCUGGAAACCAAGAAUGGAGUGAGAGAUCCACUUCAUCCUUACAACAGACACCAAGUGAAAGGUACCUGACUGAACCCUCUGGAGACCAAGAAUGGAGUGAGAGAUCCACUUCAUCCUUACAACAGACAUCAAGUGACAGGUACCUGACUGAACCCUCUGGAAACCAAGAAUGGAAUGAGAGAUCCACUUCAUCCUUACAACAGACACCAAGUGACCUAACUGAACCCUCUGGAGACCAUGAAUGGAGUGAGAGAUCCACUUCAUUCUUACAACAGACAUCAAGUGACAGGUACCUGACUGAACCCUCUGGAAACCAAGAAUGGAGUGAGAGAUCCACUUCAUCCUUACAACAGACAUCAAGUGACAGGUACCUGACUGAACCCUCUGGAAACCAAGAAUGGAGUGAGAGAUCCACUUCAUCCUUACAACAGACAUCAAGUGACAGGUACCUGACUGAACCCUCUGGAAACCAAGAAUGGAGUGAGAGAUCCACUUCAUCCUUACAACAGACAUCAAGUGACAGGUACCUGACUGAACCCUCUGGAAACCAAGAAUGGAGUGAGAGAUCCACUUCAUCCUUACAACAGACACCAAGUGACCUGACUGAACCCUCUGGAGACCAUGAAUGGAAUGAGAGAUAAAUUCUCAAAAUUCUCAAAUUUUCAAAAUUCUCAUUAUUUCCUGGAAUAUCUUAUUUUGAUUAUUUUAUUUUUCCAUUUUUAAUAAAUAAUGCCUUCUUUUACAGGUGGGAAUAAGAGACGCACGUGGACAGAUGAUGAAGUGAAGGCUGUUGAGCGACAUAUGUUUGAUUUCAUAACAAGCCAUAAAGUUUCAGGUAAAACGAGCUGGGAGUCCUGUCUCCACGCAGAGCCAGCAGCUCUGAAAGACAGAGGCUGGGUGUCCAUCAAAAACUACAUCCACAACAGGAUAUAACUGCAUUAAAAAGGGAAAUGAAUGGCUAGUCCAUUUAAAUGCAAGCACGUCUGGGUACAUUUCAGUUCAAGUUAACUAAAGCAAUAGCAAUGGUGCAUUUAGGGUGGGAUGGUCAAUUAUGGAUUUCAUAUUUGUUGUUUAAUACUGUGUUUCACGUUUGUUGUUUCAUGAUCUUCAAGAGCAAUUUGGAAAAUCCUUGAAGAUGUAUGAACAUGUAAAUUAUACUGUAUAUCAGGCAUGUCCCGAUCUGGGCCUGGAGGGCCACUGUCGUGCCUGUUUUCCAGCUCUCCCGGCUGCAUCACACCUGUUUCAGAUGAUCAGUUCAUCAGUCAGCUCUGAUGCAGCACUAGAACAUCCUGGGAGAGCUGGAAAACAAAAAGACAGCGGCCCUUGAGGACCGACCUUGGACACCCCUGCUGUAUAUAAACGUACGUACGAUAUACAAACUUCUCACAAAAGAUAGGCUUAUUAGGUUUGAGGUGAUAUUUCGGAAAAACCCUAAAACAUUUGAAUGCAUCCUAUUUCAAGAAUUUCAAUACUUUUUGAAAAGUUGCUUUUGUCUAACGGUAGCUAAAGAAGUUGCUACACACAUGGCACAAUAUAUCGCCAGAUUCAUUAAAAAUUCUUCAUCGCAGUAUUCACAUUUUGACAUAAUCUUCUUCAGUUCAAACAACCCUCAUCUAUUGCAGUGCUUUGUGUCAUGGAGAGGAGGUGGCAUGUUUUCUGUGUUCAUAAUUUCAUAUUUGUCAGCAAUUAAAAAAUAAGAAAGUGGACUGACCACA